GCGAACGCGACGGUCACAGACGCGAUAGAUAUAUAUAGCUAAGGCAGAACCCCAAAGCGAAGGACUCCCAGCGAGAAUCGAGCGUAAUGUCAACGGCCUUCCUCGUGGACAGUCUCCUGCAUGCCCAGCAGACCUACACGGAGAGCCAGCUAAAGUCGAGCCUGAGCGAGAUGCUGCUGUCGCGUCGUGCCGGGGAGUCGGGAGUCGCGGAGCCGGUGCCGCCGCCGCCGGAUUCGGUGUCCCCCGUGGAGCAACGGCCGGACAGCUGCAGUUGCUCGAAGCGUGGCUACAAGUGUGAUAAGUGCCGGGAGCACCGGGCCGAGAGUGUCGACAGCAUCGAGGAGAUGGAUGAGGACGAUGAGGACUCGUCGGCGGAUGAGAUCGUGGCCGACAUUGAGGAGGUGCGGCUGCACAUGGAUGACGAGGACCUGGACGAUGAGGAGGUGCAGGCAAUCAAAUUGCCCAAGGUGGAGCCCAAGGAGACCACCAUCCCAGCGGCAGGCAUCACCACCACCAUCCUAAAGGAUAACAACAGCAAACCCAUCCUCAAGUUCAGUGUCAGCGCCAUCCUGGGCGAUACCCGGGAGGGAGUCCGCGUUAGGAAUGAAUUCAUGCAACCGCAGCAUAUAUGGCCUUAUCUACAACAAAACUUUAUGCAACAACACACACAUCAAUAUCACCAACACCAUCAGCAGCAGCAGCAGCAGCAGCUUCCACAGUUGCAACAUCCGCAUCACCAUCAGCCGCAUCAUCACCAUCAUGCGCCCGGGCAUGCCCAUUUUCCGCAUCCCGCAUUUCUAACGCAUCAACUGGCGCCGCAUCUACAGCAUCCACACCACCCACACCAUCAGCAGCAGCAUCCCCAUGCACACACACAACAGCAGCAGCAACAGCAGCAACAGCAGCAGCAGCAGCAUCCUGGCAAUAGUUGUCAACCGCAAACCGCAGCGACGACGGCCGCAUCCUCGUCGUCGUCACCUGGCAGCACAAUUAGUGAUAGCGACAACAAUCACAGCACCAGCACCAGCAGCAAUGGCCAGAGCCAGAACUGUGGCCAGGAUGGGCGACCGCAUGGGGAGAUGGUGGGCAUGGGCAAUGCAAAUGGAGACGAGGACAACGGCAAUCGAAGAUUAACGCAAGAAAAGCAGCAACAGCAACAGCAACAGCAGCAACUGUUAAACGGUCAAGCUGGUGGCGGCGGGGGUAGCACUGGACACGGUGGCCUUCCCACACCGCCGCCACCACCACCGCCAGCGAUUCAUCCAGUGAUUGCCAAACCCAUGCCCAGCCGACCGACCCCAUUCCUGCCUCACACCCUCAACCAUCCGCACUUGCACUCGCUGCUGGCGCACUGCCGCAAUCCCUACAUGAGUGUUGGCGCCCAAGUGUUUCCCCUGCCGCCGGGCCAGGGCUUUCCCUGGGCCCAUUCGACGCGUGGCAAGCCCCGACGUGGCAUGAUGCGACGUGCCGUCUUCUCAGACUCGCAGAGGAAGGGGCUGGAGAAGCGCUUCCAGCAGCAGAAAUACAUCAGCAAGCCGGAUCGCAAGAAGCUGGCCGAAAGACUGGGCCUAAAGGACUCUCAGGUGAAAAUUUGGUUUCAGAAUCGCCGGAUGAAGUGGCGAAACUCCAAGGAGCGCGAGCUGCUGGCCAGCGGCGGUUCCCGCGACCAGACGCUGCCCAACAAGAACAAUCCCAAUCCGGAUUUGUCCGACGCCAAGUGCGAUCGACCCCUCACACCGAUCUCACCCUCCCUGCUCUCGCCCAAUGGCAGCAUCACGCCGCCGCCCGGCGCCAGUGCCAGUGCCAUUGCCAAGGACGAACCGCCGCCGGCUGCUGUCACACCCAAAUCACCGCAGUCCGUCAGCAGCAGGAGCUCCCCGUGUCAUCCCUCUGCGGGAUAUGCGGGCAUGCAAAUGAGCUCGCCGCCCCCUCUCCUCACCAGCCUCAAGAUGAGCGAUCAGUCGGGCACGCCCACGCCCACGGGCGGCUCAGGGGGCGGAGCAGGCACAACGGUUUCAUCGGCUGCCUCGUCGCCGCCGGGUGCGAGCAGUGCGGCCGAGUUUCAGGCCAAGAUCAAUGCCGAGAUGCAGAAGCAGCUGGUGGCCGCCGACCUCAAGUUCAAGCUGGAGAGCAGCAUCCAGGAGGCGAAGCAGCGGCGAUUCGAGCAGCUGCAGCAGCAGCUCCACCACUCGCCCCACUUUACGGCCAUGCGAGAGGUGGAGCUGGCAGCCGCCGCAGCAGCCGCACAAUUGCACCACCAUCACCAGCAGCAGCAGCAGCAACAGCAACAGCAACAGCAACAGCAGCAGCAACAGCAACAGCAACAGCAGGGGUCAGAGUUCAUGAAGCUGUACUACGACGACUACGAUGACUCCAACUCCGACAGCGAUGAGGAGAUCAGCGUGACGUGAUUCCGGAGACGGGGGAUCACUGUAAAUAUAUAUUGUGUACUUACGUUUUAAUUGUAAAUUUAUUGAAGCAUUCAAAUUAAUGUAUUUAAUAUGUGUAUAAUAUUUUUUCGAAUUUAAAUUCCCAAACGAAAUAAACUUCUUUGA